GAUUUAAAGAGGCAGGGAGGAUGCCAACGCGUACUCCAGGCAACUAUUCCUGAAGAAGAAAGACAGAGAGCAGACUCACCACCAUAGAUCUGUCUUCUAUCUUUGGUGUUUUCAGUAUCUUCUAGAUCUCAGGAUGUUGCUGUCCCUCAUGUCCCUCUUGUCACUUGUCCUCCUCGUUGGAGUUACCGUUGCUGUGCCUGCUCAGGAGAAGCGUAUCCAUCGCCAUAGCGACCUCAGUGACCGUGACCAUGACGAUGCCACUGGUUUCCAGUAUGACCACGAGGCCUUCCUGGGAAAAGAGGAAGCCAGGACCUUUGACCAGCUCAGCCCCGACGAGAGCAAAGACAAACUAGGGAAAAUAGUGGAGCGCAUCGACACAGACAAGGAUGGCUUUGUGAGCCACAGGGAGCUGCAUCAGUGGAUCAAACACCGCCAGAGGAGGUACAUCGAGGAGAAUGUGGACAAACACUGGAAGGAGUACGACCAGAACAAGGAUGGAAGAGUCGGCUGGGAGGAGUACAAGAACACCACAUACGGCUUUUACCUGGAUGAGGAGUUUGAUGAUGUGGAUGACAAGACCAGCUAUAAGUCAAUGCUUACCAGAGACGAGAGGCGCUUCAGGACAGCGGACCGCAACGGCGACGGCAUCGCCACCAGGGAGGAGUUUACAGCCUUUCUCCACCCUGAGGAGUACGACCACAUGAAGGGCGUGGUGGUCCAGGAGACACUAGAAGACAUUGACAAGAAUGGGGAUGGAAAGAUUGACUUGAACGAAUACAUUGGUGACAUGUUCACAACGGACUCUGGGGAGAGCGAACCAGACUGGGUGCGGACUGAGAAGACACACUUCACAGAGUUCAGGGACGUCAACAAGGAUGGAUUUCUAGAUGCCAGUGAGGUGUCUCAGUGGAUCCUCCCAGGAGAGAUCGACCACGCCGACAACGAAGCCAGGCACCUUAUCCAUGAGACAGACACAGAUAAGGACGGCCUCCUUGCUCUGACUGAGAUCAUAGACAAGAUGGACUUUAUUAAGACCAGCUGCUUGACGGACUAUGGCGGCUUGGUGGUGGAUGGGCAUGAUGAACUGUGACCUUUCAUCCGGUGACCCUACCAGACCUGACCUACUCACACCAAAUGACAAAAUGAGGCCCUGUCUGAAAUCCUUUAGGAAGAGUACUUCCUUUAGUGAGGUUCCAGUCUGACUUGAGUAGGGUUAGACUGUGUGAUACGAGCUUACAUCCAUUUACUAACGUCACCUCGAAACAGAAUGAUAAAGUAAGUCAAGGUUAAACAUUAAGAGUUAGUAGUAACUGGUCAGGCCAUAAGCAUUCGCAAUAAAAUGAUCAGAAAACAAAAACAGGA